AUGGCUAAAUGGCCCAGAGCCACACACGAUGCUCAGGUUUGGAAUAACUGCUGGUUAAGUGCUGCUUUUGAGGCAGAUCAUGUUGAGGACUAUUCUUUUGACCGUCCUGGUGGCGUUAAUAGUACAACAAGGCGUGCGUUACUGUACAAGGCGUGCGUUACUGGUAAGUCUGCCGUCCGUCUGACCGUCCUGGUGGCGUUAAUAGUACAACAAGGCGUGCGUUACUGGUUUUUUAUGGACUAUCAUAAAACUCGGACAAUAAUCCAUCACCGACCUGGACCAUGUAGAUAUCUGGACGGCGCAGAUGGUGGUUCAGAAGACCUCACCGUGUUAGACAAUGGUUUGACCUUCAUCUCCUCGGGAUUUUGUUCCUGGACUCGAGGCCGAAUUCUUCUUUUUGACUUCAAUCAGCUUGACAGUCCAUCACAUGAGGUGAAGGAGUUACGCAUUACCAGCUCUAUUCGUGAUUUGUCUCAUUCAUCUUUCCAUGGAAUGUCUGUUUGGCAGGACAGUACAACCGGGGAGAUAACUUUGAUGGUAAUAAACCAUGCCGGUCCUGAAGAUCACAUAGAAGUAUUCAAGUUUCAGAAGGAAUCACAAACAUUACGUCAUACUGAUUCAAUCACAAGUCCGAAACUGACCAAUAUGAAUGACUUGGUGAUGACAAGUGACAGGACUUUCUACAUCACCAAGUACACGACGCUGCGUGAUUACCUACAGCUGGAGCUGUUGUUGAUGUUGAAAUAUGGUGAGAUACUGUACUACGAUGGCAGGGAUUUCCGGAGUGUGGCACAGGGGCUACACUUACCCAACGGCAUCAACGUGUCACCAGACAAGAGAUAUUUGUACGUGUCAGAAUUCGGGAGGAAGCAGCUGAAAUCCUAUCGUAUUGUAGACAAGAACCUGGAGCAUGUCGAUGAUUUGUUUCUGAACACGCUCGUGGACAACAUAGAGAUAGACAAAGAAUCGGGAGAUCUUUGGGUAGGAUGCCAUCCCAUUCAUUAUCACCUGAUGGAGUAUAGCAGUCUCGGGCCUCGGAGCCGCAUGCCUUCACAGAUCCUGAAGGUGAAGACAUCAGAGGGAAAGUUUACGGAGGCUGUGGAGGUGUUCAGAGAUUCUGGAUCUGAGUUAACCGGAUCUACUGUAGCCUCUGUCUAUCAGGGUAAAAUGAUAGUGGGCACUCUGGCGUAUCAACUAAUGGUGUGUGACCUUGUAUACACGGACUGAUCUUAAGGAAGUCAAAAUGUUAUAACUCCUUAAAAUCUGCAGACUCAAAGGCCACACCACAUCACAGAGGUGUGAAAUAGUUCUACCAGGGACAUAGAAACUGAAUAAACAAUAUAUUACUUAAUCAGAAACGCUACGUUCAUACACGGUAAAUUUUAUCAACCAUGAAAUUUAACCAAUUUGGCUGACUUGUUGUUAAGUCCUAUUUAGCUGUUUAGUUUAGAGAUGGA